UAAAAAAAACAUUUAAAUAUAAGCUGAAAUGUCUGUUUGUGCAAAGGUAAGUUUCACUUGCUUUUUUUGGCUAAAGUAAUCGUUUCACUAUAACAUUGAAUUUACAAACUAAAUGAUCAAAGAAAAUGAUCUCAGUGAGUCUGUCUGAAUAAAUUAUGACAUCUUUUUUUUUUUUUUUUUUUUUUGACUUAACUGUUCUCUUUAAGACCAUGAAUGGAUGUCUAUUUAGUUGCUUGAAUGGACUAACAGCAUUUUUUUGCUCAACGCACACUAGCAAAUACAGAAAAGCAGUGUCAAAUAACAGGACGGAUCAAUGCAUGCAUGCCUGCUAAAUAUUUCAGCCGUGGCUCUCAGGUUGCUGUCAUUGAACGGCCAUGGUGUAAACGCAGUAGUCUGCAGCGUUACUUUGCUCUUGAAAUGGCUGGUGUUUCUCUGUGCUGCCAGAUGCUUGCGCUACAGCUCUUGCUUGAGUUCUGCUUUUACUGGGCUGUGACUGUCUGUUGUUUCUUCGCAUCUCAGGCGUUUCUCCAAUCAUGUGAAAUUUCUGGGCCUCUGGAUUCAAAUUCAUUUCAAGCUACAUGUCUUUCUCUUUCUUUCUUCUUUUCUCUACCUUUUCCUUCCUUCUGCUCAUCCUUUUCUGUCUGGUUCUCUCUGAACUCUUUAUCUGUCACCCCCUUGCCCCUUCCACCCCCCGACAGACAUAUCCGAUUACAAGAACCAUAACAAUAAUGGCCAAGCUCUCAAUCAAAGAGGUGAUUUCUCCACAGUGACCAAUGCUAUGACUGGGAUGAGCCCCUCUCCAUCACUCUCUGCCCUGUCCAGCCGGGCCGGUUCCAUCAGCAGCCUGCACGAUCGCAUCAUGUUCAGCCCCGGGAGCGAGGAAGCCAUUGAGAGACUCAAGGAAACUGAGAAAAUCAUUGCAGAGCUCAAUGAAACAUGGGAGGAGAAGCUUCGCCGUACAGAGGCCAUCAGGAUGGACAGAGAAGCACUUCUGGCGGAGAUGGGUGUUGCCAUGCGUGAGGAUGGAGGAACUCUUGGAGUCUUUUCCCCAAAAAAGCCCUCACAGAGAAAACCUCAGCCUGUUUUUAUAGACACUGUUGGGCUGUUCUCUCCCAAUGAGGUUGGUCGUCAUGUAUUCUGUGUGGUUGAUCCUGAUCGCUUCUCUCAGACUGUAUUAAAGUACCUCUGUGUGUUCUUUCCCCAUCAGAGCUCUUUUAAACACAUCUGUGAUCUUUAUUUAGGGAUCUCUUGCUGAUUACUGUCUGAUCUGGAUGUUGAUGUGCUGCAAUUCCUUCUGGUCUUUAUAGUAAACUUUAAAGCAGCCGCUGUACCACUUUACAGCAGACUUCAGAUCUUUAUUAAAGGAUUUCUGUCUGGAGUCUUAUAUCGAAAUCAAAUUGCAUGCUUUUUGAUGAAUACUUAAUUUGGAAUUUAAGGCAGUCUUAAUGAAAUCUUUGAUUUUCAUUUGUUUCUUUUCAAGGUCAUCUUAACCCAUUUUGAAAGUGCUUGCAAGGCAAUGCUAUGUUGCUUUUCUUCAAUCAGUUUGGCUGAGGUUUCUUUUAAACCAUUAGUUAUUAGAAUGAACCAUCUGCAUUUAAACAGCUUAAUCCGUUUGA